GAAAAUGAUUUAUUGAGACAUUACAGUAUUUAACGACAACGACGAAUAAAUGAUCAAGUUAUGGUUAAUGCAAACUGUUGGGUAUUGAAACCGGCAUAUAAACUUUCACAGUUAUAUUCAACUAUAGGUUCAAAAUAAAUACCUAAGCUGCAUGUUUGUUAUUGUAUGUAUGUAGGGGCGUUUACCAAAUUUCAGCAAGCUUCUCAAAACAAAAGGAAAGUUUUAGGGUCUUGUUUGUGUGGCAUCUUAAAGGUUAUAACACGAAUACCUUAUUUUUCGCACGCAUGUAGUAGGGUGGGGGGAAACGGGACCAUGGCCUACUCAAUAAAUGUAUUAAGUUAGCUAUGACGGUGUUUAAAUAUCUCUAUUUACAGGUACCCGUUUAACGACGAACAAAACAAAUGUGACAUUGUUAUUCAAUAUUAUUGUCACGGUCCAACAAAGUGCACGGCAUUGGUGGUUACUUUAUGCUACGAUUUUGCUAUGGUUUGUGAGCUCAUUUGCUAUGGUUGUAAAUAUCGCAACGAAUGCAAUUAUUUCGGUGUAAUACCGAUUUUAGCGGUUUUGAGAUUUCAAAUUAAUACCAAAAUUCCAAAUUUAUUAACGAUUGAAAUAAUGGAAUGUAAGUUUCAACAAAAUGUGUAAGCUACAAUAGCUUGAACAUUAAUCUGUAUGUACAAAGUUACAAGUACAUCAAACAAAAACCCUUUUUUGUCUUUAGCAAAUAUUCUGCAAUAACUUAUCCACACAGACAGGGUAUAUAUAGUUAUACAGCAGUGAACUUGUUUAGCUGGUCGCUUACAUAAUGGCUGCGACUGUCGAUAGCUUUCAAAUUGGACUGGGUCAAAAUCUUUGCGAGGUUUUGUGGAAAGAUGAACACGUUAGCAGAUUUCACGCGAAAUGGCUUCGGUUCAACUGCAGAUGCGUAAAAUGUUAUUCGGAAGUUGCUGCCACAUAUUUAAUUGAUGUCCCAUCUUUCCCAUUGGAUAUGAAAAUCGCAACAGUAAAAGUUGAAGAUUCUACAUUCAAAGUUUCAUUCGCUGGCGAUGACCACGUUUCUAUCCUUCCUUCUGAUUGGCUGCGCUCAAAAUGCUAUUGUGACGUAUGUUUGGAGUUGAAAUUACAGAAAGCUGACGUCAUCACACAGUAUAUUGAAAGCAACGCUGGAAAGAAAAAAGAAAUCCCACAAAUGGAAUAUGAGGAUAUAUUGACCAAAGAGGGCAUGUUUAACUGGAUCGGUCACGUUAUAACUUCCGGAGUUUGCAUCGUAAGAAACGUUCAGCCAACGCCUGAGAAAUUGGAAGAGAUCGCAGAGAGAGUUGCAAACAUUGAAGAAACUACUUACGGGAAGCUCUCCGUUGUAAAAAUUAGCUCCACUGAAGGUAAUGCAGCUUAUUCAAAUAUUAAGUUGCCAUUUCACCAAGACCAAACCAUGUACGAAAAACCACCAGGAAUUGAAUUUCUACAUUGCAUGAAGUUCGACGAAUGCAUUACGGGCGGGGAAACAAAAAUAGUCGACCUUUACGAAGUUAUAAAUAUCCUGAAAAGAGAGUCCCCCGCAGAUUUUCAAACCCUGGUUGAAGUACCUGUCAUCUACUCUACUAUAGAUUAUAAACGAACGAAUAAAGUUUAUUUGCAUCAUCAAAAACACGUCGUAGUGUUAGACUACUUUGGCAAGGUUGUCGCUAUCAACUGGCAUCCUGCGUUGCUGUCGACUUUGCAAGUAAGAGAAAAAGACGUGGAAAGAUAUUACGAAGCUCAUGUAAAGUUGUUACAAAUUAUUCGCAGAGAUGAACUACAUUUUACCCACCGUAUGCAACCUGGUGAUUUGGUUGUGUUUAACAACAGACGAGUGUUGCAUUCUAGGAACAAAUUUGAAGCCAACGGAGGCGAUAGACAGUUACAGACCACUUAUGCUAGUGCGGAUAACUGGAAAAAUCGCUACAUGACGUUGGCGCAUCAGCUGAAUCGAAAUGUGGUCGCACCAAAAAUUGGAAAUGGUUCUUCAAUUUGAAAAC